GCUGGUUUGUUUACCUUCGAGAACAACUUGUUUGGGCAUCCCUUAUGAAUUGAAUCGAUUCUUUCCUUCCCAAACUCCCGGUGUACUGUUUGCAUUGUCUGGUAAAAAACAGCUUUUCUCUAACAGAAUGGAUAAAGCUUCUUUUGCAGCGAAACGACGUCAGGACAAAGUUCACAAAAAACCACCACCACCAAAGCCAGCCAAGCAAAAGGGUGGCCCUAAACCACCCGAAGUACAGCAUACGGCACCGCUCGUCGUUUGUGACGAUCGGUACGGCAAGCGCCAGAUUCAGCAAAACUGGACCGAAGAGCGGAAUCUUCCAUCGAGCGACAGCGACACGGAAGACGAACAGCUGCUGGCGGCCGAUUUUGAGAAGCUGCUCGAGCUUCCCGCAUCGAGUGCGAGCCACUUUCUGCUUAGCUCGGAGAAACGCUGGCUACAACCGGACACCGAUCUACCGGGCGAGGAUGAAAAGAACCGCUACAGUGAGUACUUCCGCAUCGAUACGAAGCUGCUGAACGCCAGCCUUGGGUGCAUCCCGUUCUACGAGCGACACGGAUACGACGAAACACUGUUCAGCACGCUGGAGCUUAAUCUAAUGCGACAAAAGGCGGAAAUACAUACGAACAAGUUCCAGCAAACCUUUGCCGACCAUCUAUCGUCGAGCGUCAAAGUCGGACCAGUUUCCCAGAAGCACAAAGAAAACAUGCCUCCUCCGCCAAGGAAACCGCAACCAACGCCAUGUUUCGUUGGGAAAUUUGCUAACCCGAAGCUGAAUGAUUCCGUCGGUGUGACAGAAACAAAGCAAUUGCAUUUAUCGAAAGAGCCAGUUAAGCCCGUGGAAGCCAAGUUGAGCGAGCUUAAAAUUGAACCAGAAGUGAGUAAAACUGUCCCCAAAAUCGUUCCCAAAGUUGAACCAACCGUUGCGACAACCUCAACGAACCCGCCUCCACAAGGCUCGGGAAAAGAUUCGAAGGAAGACAUUCAACAAUGGUUGGACGAUAUUUUGGAUAUUUAAUAAACCUGGUUUAACGUUUUAA